AUGUCCAUUAGAGACAGACCAACCUUCAAAGGAAGAGCCAGCAACCCUGUUCCCCCAAGAUUGUUCUUGACACAAGAAGACCUAGAAAUGAUCGUACCCGGACACACUGAUGAUUUGGUGGUUACUGGGGUGCUAGUUAACUGUCGGGUCAAGAGAAUCUUCGUUGACCAUGGAAGCUCGGCAGACAUACUCUUUUGGAACAUUUUCCAAAGGAUGAACUUGGAUGAAAAAGAUCUGAAACCAUGCGCCACCGAGCUGAUUGGCUUCAACGGAGAGCCAUCCCCUCCAAAGGGCUAUAUAGACUUGAAGCUGACCUUGGGGACGAAAAAAUCGUUCCGAGCUGGAAGGGUUUGGUUCGUGGUAGUAGAUGCACCUUCCUCCUACAAUGUGAUCAUUGGCCGACCUACAAUCCAUGAGUGGGACAUGUUAGUCUCCACCAAGCAUAAAGCACUGAAGAUAGUGGGAUCAAGGAACAAGGUCAUCACUGUAAGAGGAGAUCAAAAAAAUCCAGGGAGUGAUUUUAUGAGACUUUGA